ACUUCCAGAGGAAAGCAGGUUGGCUUUUGCUAAAGGUUGUGCAUCAGCAAACAGCUAGCUGGUGAAGCUAAACUUUAAUUUUUAACUUAAUAUCAACUAAUAAACAGAAGAAGUAACUGCCCACGUGUCGAAGUUACCACACAGCUCAGUGGCUGCACCACAAUGAUUGACGACUUCGAGAGUCAGGAGGUUCGGUCCAGCGGUGAGCUGUGGUCCGAAAUCUGUUCCUGUCUGCCGGAGGUGCAAACUGAGGCAGUUCCGGAGAACAGCACGGAGUUCACAGACUCUUUCCAUCCAGCAACCCAUGGCGGAGUGCAACUUAAUGGACAAGCAAAUGGGACCACUACCAUAACGUCCAGAGCCAAAUGGGAGCCCAUGGAGGACUCGGACAUUUAUAUAGCUAGUUUAGAGAAUCGCCUGAAGAAGAUAAAAGGCCAGUCCAGUGAUGUGACCUCCAGGGACAUGCUCCGCUCCUUGUCUCAAGCUAAGAAAGAAUGCUGGGAUAGAUUCCUGCAUGAUGCCCAGACCUCAGAGCUCUUCCAAGGUGGUGAGAUGGAUGAGAGUGCUCUUGAGCACUUCAAGAGGUGGCUGAUCCCAGAGAAGGUGGCCAUCAGUGCAGAGGAACUGGAAUAUCUUUUGAGACCAUCUCAGGCAAAGGAAACAGAGGGAUCAAAUCAAACACAAAAUGGAGAAGACACAGAAGGAGAGACGCACAGCUCUGAAGAAGACAGCUCUCACAGCCCAGAGAAAUGAGUGUGUUAAAAUCA